AUGGCCCCAGGUCUUGAAGAUGUUGCCAUCCAAGCGGCCGAGACCAUCCAAACCGCCCACAUAAACAAAGCCCCCACCGAACGCGAUCUCGCACCAUCGACCGCCGCCGACACCAAGGAACGCGUUGUAUUCGACCGCUCAGCAGAUGUCGUAUCCGAAGCAGACGACGUUGACGAGGACGAGGUGCCACUGUCGAUUCUGAAGCCUCUGCCGCAAGACCAGAGACAGCGAAUGCCACCGCAUCUCCAGCUUCCCGAUCUCAGGUUCGAGCAGAGCUACCUCAAGAGCAUUAGCAGUACGAAUGACUGGAAGAUGAUCACAUACAUCACGAUUAAAGAUCAGGUGUUGAUGCCCUUGGUACAAGGAAUGGCAUGGACUCUCAUCGUAGCUGGGUGGCGUCACUGGAACGGUGCUACCAAGUUCUCUGGGCAGACAGUGGGCGCAAAGAUCCGCAGGUGGUGGUGGGGUGUAAACAACUGGAAUCUACCGAGCCAUCCAAAGUCGACGCUCCGUGAUCGAAAGCUGGCCGGCCAGAUGCGCGAAUACUACUCGACUCAAGCCAAUGCUGGCUCUGACUGA